CUGGCUCCUUCCUGACUAUUACCUAUAUCAUAUUUCUCAUUCUCAAGACCAAUUUUAAUUUUCCAAAUUAAUUUAAAAUACAAGACCAGCCCACUGUCCAGUUGAUGACCCGCUGAAUUUUCCAAUCCACAUGCACGGCAUCUGCAAUAAAUUCUCCAUUCCAUUCACUAAAACUUAUGAGCAGCUACAAGAAGCCUUCUCCAGAUUGAUCUGUCGCUGGAUCAAUCUCCUGUGGCAGCAGGGGCAAUGGAGGCGUGGAUAAGUUCUGUAAGUUGCUCAGCUCCUCAGAGGUCGGUGGGGGCGGAUUUCCCUAUAUUAGAGGCUCUGGGAUGGGCGGUGCUCGCUCCAUGUCCUCAACGGACACUCUUCGCCAUGAUUGAUAUUGCUUUUAUGUUAUCGUUUCUUGUAUUCUCUGUUCAGAAGCUGUUCUCUAGACUGCUGUCAAUACAAAACUCUGUUCCUUCUAAAACUAAUCAGCGUCUCCAAACUGGCCUGAAAUUCAAGGCCACUUUGGCAAUCUUAGGAAUCGAAAGUUUGGUGCAUAUUGGGCUAUGCAUAUGGAGAUUUAGAAGGGGCCUUGGAACGAAAUGGGCUACUUAUGAGGCAAUCUAUACAGUAUUACAAACACUUUCAUGGAUUAUAUUUGCAGCAAUAGUUGGUCAUGAAAAGAAAUUCAGGGCUACUGUCCAUCCGAAGUCUCUCCGUCUGUGGUGGGUCAUCUGUUUCAUUCUGAAUGUGAUGUUUUUGGUUUCUGCAAUAUUCAGAUUCAUGUCUGGAAUCUACAGUGCAGAUAUCAGUAUUCGUGAGGAUGAUCUUUUUUCAUUGAUAGUGUUCCCUGCUAAUGGUUUUCUUCUAGUAAUAGCCAUUACAAAGGCUACAGGCAUCACUAUUGUUGAGGAAAGAGAAGGAAAAAAAUUAGAGGAACCGCUUCUUGUAGAAGAAACAGUUGGGGAUGGUAGUACUUCGAGUCGUGGCAAUGAAGAGGACUCUGUAACUCCUUAUGCUACAGCAGGAAUUUUAUCAAGAGCAACAUGGGCAUGGCUGAAUCCAGUACUAAACAAAGGAUACAAAAGUGCUUUGAAAUUAACAGAUGUUCCUGCACUAGCACCCUCUGAUAGUGCAGAAAAAAUGUACGAGCUGUUUAGAUCAAAUUGGCCAAAUGAUAAAGUCAGUCACCCUGUUUGCCGAACGUUGCUCCGCUGUUUUUGGCCGAACCUUGCACUGACCGCAUCCCUGGUCAUUGCAAAACUGUGUGUAAUGUAUAUAGGCCCAAUUUUAAUACAAAAAUUUGUCGAUUUUACUUCUGGAAAGCAAAUUUUUGCUUAUGAGGGCUAUGUGCUUGUAUUGAUCCUACUACUGGCAAAAUCGAUAGAGGUUCUGUGUUCACAUCAGUAUAACUUUCAAUGCCAGAAGCUAGGAAUGCUUAUAAGGUCUACUCUAAUUACUACUCUAUACAGAAAGGGGUUGAGAUUGUCAAGUUCUGCUAGGCAAGCUCAUGGUGUAGGACAGAUUGUGAAUUACAUGGCUGUAGAUGCUCAACAGCUUUCAGAUAUGAUGUUGCAGCUUCAUUACAUUUGGAUGAUGCCUCUCCAGGUAGGUGUGGCUUUAGCAUUGCUGUUUGGGGUUUUGGGCAUUUCUAUGUUGUCUGGCUUUUUCUGCAUGAUUGUCAUAAUGGGCAUUGUAGCAUGGGGAUCCAAAAGGAACAGAAGAUUUCAGUUCCAGUUGAUGAAAAUGCGUGACCUCCGAAUGAAGGCAACCAAUGAAAUGCUAAAUUAUAUGAGGGUGAUUAAGCUUCAGGCUUGGGAAGAACAUUUUCGGAACCGUGUAGAGUCUCUUCGGGAUUCUGAGUAUGAAUGGCUCUCCAAGUUUAUGUAUUCUGUUACUAUGAACGUAAUUGUUCUAUGGAGCACACCUUCCUUUGUAUCAGCAGUCACAUUUGCUGCGUGUGUACUAGUAGGAGUGAAUCUUACACCAGGAACAGUGUUUACAGCAACAUCCAUUUUCAAAAUUCUGCAGGAACCAAUUAGGAAUUUUCCUCAGGCUCUAAUAUCUCUAUCACAAGCCAUGGUAUCCUUGGAAAGGCUAGAUAGAUACAUGACCUGCAAGGAGCUUGAUACUGAGGCAGUUGAAAGAAUGCCAACUGGUGAAAAGCUUGCCGUUGUUGUUGAAAAUGGUAGUUUUGGUUGGGAUGAAGAGGAAUCUAAGCCUACUCUCCAGAAUAUCAAUAUAGAGAUUGAGCAUGGAUCUUUGGUGGCUAUUGUUGGCACUGUUGGAUGUGGGAAAUCCUCUUUAUUGUCAUCUGUUCUUGGGGAGAUGCCAAAAAUCUCUGGGAAGGUCAAGGUAAGUGGUACCACAGGGUAUGUGCCGCAAACGUCAUGGAUACAAAAUGGGACUAUAGAAGAAAACAUUUUAUUUAGACUGCCCAUGGACAUUUCCAAGUACAAUAAUGUCAUUCGGGUGUGUGCAUUGGAAAAGGAUUUAGAAAUGAUGGAGUUUGGAGACCAGACUGAAAUUGGAGAGCGAGGGAUUAAUCUUAGUGGUGGGCAGAAACAACGGAUUCAGCUGGCAAGAGCUGUCUAUCAGGACACAGAUAUUUAUCUUCUGGACGACGUUUUCAGUGCUGUGGAUGCUCACACUGGCUCUGAAAUUUACAAGGAAUGUGUGAGGGGUGCUCUCGGUCAAAAGACAAUUUUACUAGUUACUCACCAAGUAGACUUCUUGCAUGCAGCAGACCUUAUUUUGGUAAUGAGGGAUGGCAUGAUAGUGCAAUCAGGAAAGUAUAACGAGCUUAUGGGUCUAGGGACAGAUUUUGAAGCACUAGUUGCAGCACACGAGGAUGCUAUGGGAUCAGUUGAAACAGGAAAUGCAUCUAGUGUUCAUGCUAAUGAAAAAGAGCCAGAAAUGGUCCCAGAGGAACAAGUGGAUCAGAUCAAAAGUAAACCUGAUACUGCUGCUCAAGCACAACCUUACGAAUCAGCACCGAAGGCCAGUAAAGGAACAUCAAAGAUUGUAGAAGAUGAACAAAGAGAGACAGGGCACGUGAGUUGGAAAGUUUAUUGGUUGUACGUAACCAAAGUAUAUGGUUGGUCCAUUAUUUUAAUGCUGUUUAUAGUUCAAGUAGUAUGGCAGGCUGUUCAAGUAGGAAGCGACUAUUGGUUGGCAUUUGAAACAUCAGAUACAAACGGGAAAGGUUAUAAUCCAAAACUCUUCAUAGAAGUAUUUGUCAUACUUUCGGCUGGAGCAUGGAUUUGUAUACUUUUACGCUCCAUGUUGGUUGCAACAUUUGGACUCAAAACCUCUCAGAUAUUUUAUAAACAAAUGCUCUACAGCAUCUUUCGUGCUCCUAUGUCAUUUUUUGAUACGACUCCAUCAGGCAGAAUUCUGAGCAGGUCAUCUACAGAUCAAACGUCACUUGAUAUUUUUCUUCCAUUCUUUAUGGGAGGAUGUGUUUCAACAUAUUUCACAGGCAUUGCCAUCAUUGCUGUUACAUGCCAAGUUGCCUGGCCAACUAUUUUUGUGAUAGCGCCACUAGCUUGGGUGAAUGUUUGGUAUCAGAGGUUCUAUAUUACCUCCUCCCGAGAGCUGACCCGAUUAGAUCAAAUCACCAAAGCACCAGUCAUUCACCAUUUCUCAGAGUCCAUUGCAGGUGUUGUUAUGAUUCGAUGUUUUAAAAAGGAGGCAGGAUUUUCACAAGUGAAUGUUGAUCGCGUAAACUCUAACCUACGAAUGGAUUUUCACAACAAUGCAUCGAAUGAAUGGCUUGGAUAUCGCUUGGAGAUGAUUGGAACUACUGUUUUAUGUGCCUCCGCCCUGUUUCUGGUUUGUCUACCAAGCAACAUCAUCAAACCAGAACUUGUCGGAUUAUCUCUGUCAUAUGGCUUGUCUCUCAAUGCAAUGCUAUUUUGGUCGGUUUGGCUCUCUUGUUUGGUUGAAAAUAAGAUGGUUGCUGUUGAAAGGAUUAGACAAUUUACAACAAUUCCAUCAGAGGCAGCAUGGGUAGUUCCAGAUAGUACACCACCUUCUAGUUGGCCCAAUGAAGGAAAUGUUGAAUUGAGGGAGUUGCAGGUUCGUUAUCGUCCAAAUACUCCCCUAGUUCUGAAAGGCAUAAGUCUGAAAAUCAGAGGAGGAGAAAAGAUUGGUGUUGUAGGCCGAACUGGAAGUGGGAAAUCGACUCUCAUUCAAGCUAUGUUUCGGCUUGUUGAACCAGCUGGAGGAAAAAUAAUUGUUGAUCAAGUGGAUAUAACCAAGUUGGGCCUUCACGAUGUUCGAUCUCGAUUUGGAAUCAUACCACAGGAGCCUGUUCUUUUCGAGGGUACAGUUAGAAGCAACAUUGACCCCCUUGGACAAUACUCUGAUGAUCAGAUCUGGCAGAGCCUUGAACGAUGCCAGCUUGCCAAUGUAGUUGCCAACAAAAAUGGGAAACUUGACUCCUUGGUGGUUGACAAUGGAGACAAUUGGAGUGUGGGACAAAGGCAGCUUCUUUGUCUGGGAAGAGUUAUGUUGAAACACAGUCGAAUCCUGUUCCUAGAUGAAGCAACAGCAUCAGUGGAUGCACAAACAGAUGCUGUGAUCCAAAAGAUCAUACGCGAAGACUUCUCUUCUUGUACCAUAAUCAGCAUUGCCCACAGAAUACCCACAGUCAUGGACUGUGACAAAGUUUUGGUUGUGGAUGCGGGAAUUGCUAAAGAAUUUGACAAGCCAUCCAAGCUACUAGAACAUCCAUCCUUAUUUGGAGCACUAGUCCAGGAAUAUGCUACUCGGUCAUGCGAUGUGUGAAUCCCAGAAAAUCAAGUAUUCCUCUGCUGGGUUUCUUCCAUAAAGGAGGAAAUCAGACUCUUAGAUCUUGAUAGCAGCUCAACUGCUUCAUUCAUAUUCUACAACUCCUCCUUCAGAUUCAUUCUGCAAGUUCUCAUUUGCAAAACAUUAUGGAUACAACCGUGAUCAGUCCACUUUAUUUCAUUUUGGGUUAAAACUAGUAACUAGAUAACUCUUCAGGGAUAGUUAAAUUAUAGUUUACACCCAGGCUUUGAGAAGCUUUACAAUUUAAUCUAUGCUUUCUUCCAUCUGGUGAUGGCAUUAAUUACUAUUGGGCCAAGGGCUUCCCUAAAAAGAACCAUAUUUUGUAUAUUUAAAAAAAAGUGGAAUUUAUGGGGAUUUUAUUA